ACGAAUACUACGUUACCCCGCACAUAUGGCAUCGUCCUCUUCCGUAUGUUUGAUUUGCUAGAUGUUCACGGGCCCAUCGGAAUCCUACAAUUUUUGAGCGGACUCUACAAGAUUGAUGUUGCCCUCAUUGCUGAGACCAUGGAUCCAGUCACCUCGAAGCCGUCAUUGGCUGCAAUGAGCCCGUUCAAUUCCUCGGUAUACCCUAUGCUUCCACCCACACAUACUUUCAAAUCGGCUCCAACAUUAGAUGUUUUGAUCCUUGCUGGUGGUCCUGGCUGGUGCGAUCCAACGCUUAAUGCUAUGUUGGAAUACAUUGCAAAGACAGCACCCAAUGUCAGGCAAGUUCUCACCAUUUGUACUGGAUCUGCCUUAGCUGCGAGGGCAGGCAUAAUGAAUGGCAGCAAAGCAACAACGAACAAAUCAUCCUGGCCAAAUACUGUCAAAACCAGACUGAACAUUACCUGGGUACCUCAUGCGCGUUGGGUGGAGGAUGAGUCGAGCUCGCCCCCAGUCUGGAGUUCCUCGGGUGUAACAGCCGGUCUUGAUUUGAUGCUGCAUUUGGUCAGUCAGAGAUACAGCGAAAAAAAUGCAACCUAUAUUGCCAACAUCUUCGAACACCAGAGGAUCAUAGACCCGAGUCUUGAUCCCUUCGCGAGGAACGAGACGGCCCUCGGUCAGGCUGUCGUUCAAUCGUGA